AUGUCAAGUGAUGCACUCAAAUUAUUUUGGCCAUCUCAUAUUUGCACACCCAACAAUCGCAGAGGAUUCCUCAUUGGUUGGUACAACUCCCACAAUACCAUCUGCGUUGCUACAGUGAUACAGAAUGUCGAGUUACAUGAUCUCCAAACAAUUCUUUCGGAAUUCUGUAGAUCAGGAAAUCAUUCUGAAUUCUCGCACAUUAACAAGGUCUGCAAAGUACCACCAAAGAUUUUGGGAGUAAUGUUGGAUGCAAAAGAAAAAUCAAAGCGUGUAGAGACCAAUGGCCAUGACCCUUGGAUUACGGUAAACUUGGACGAUGCCUAUGUUCCUGUACCUCUAACUCGAUUCCACAGAGGCAAACCAGAACUUAUUGAAUUGUACGAAAUCAUAUUUUACGAUCAACCCAACCCAAAACGCCUGCAAUUCUUAUCCCACGAUCCACUUGAGCUUGACAUAUCCGCCAAAGAAAUAUCAGAAUCACGACCAGACGGGCCUCUUCUUACGCCUGCCAACAAGCACCCAACGACCAUUGCAAAUAUUGAAAAAAUCAUUGAAUACAGUCACAUCCACACAGGAUGUACCACACAAGUUUCUGAUGAUCUUGUAUCUGUACUAGUCCAGGUAAAAAUGAGAAUGUCAUGGGGGGAUUUGCAGAUCAACUCUUCAUAUUAUUUAGAAAUAGGCAUCGAAGCAUCUCGUGCAAAACAAUUAAGACAAUCUAAACAGCCAGACUCUUUUGGUUGGAUCUGGACAGUUUCGGAAUCCUUUGCUUCUCACCUUAUACAUGUCUGGAUGAUCGGAACCAUAAGAAAGAUCUUCCAGACAAUCAAAACUCUUAUUGUUGGACCUAUCUUGUGUGUUUCGUUUGUAUUGCUACUAGUGGCCGAAAUAUUUCUGUAUUCUUUAAACGUCAGACUACCAAAGGGUUUAUUGAACACGGUAGCGAUAAAAGACUUGUCUGCUGCAGGUCAACAAGUGGAUCUUAGACUGCAGCAACUUUAUUUCUGGCCUAGACAAUACAUGAUGUUACGCGAGCGUAAUAGAGCAAAUACAGCCGAGACAAGAGCAUAUUAUAUCAGUUUUUACAACAGUAUGUGGCUCGUUGCAAAUGAUAUUAUCAUUGGGUUGGCGAUCGGUUCUUUUCUAAUGAGUAACAGCUACAGCGCAGCAAAGGUACUUCAUGGCGCAUUGAAUAAAUACACAGUGGAAUCUUUGCAAUCAAUGAUGCUAUGGUUUUUGGAAUCUCCUGCAGGACUCAAACUAAACCACGAAUUAGGCAGUUUCUUGAACUGCGUGCAGCUUAUUGAACCUUACACGCCUCAAAUUGUCCACCUCAUUGGUCUGUCUGGCGUAUUUGGAGUGUCUAUGAUUAUCUCUCUGUCAUCAGACUUUUUGGCGUUUAUGACACUUCAUGUAUAUUGUUUCCACAUGGUUGCUGCACGUAUAUUCAACUGGCAACUCUUAAUACUUCAUUCUUUGUUUAACCUUUUCCGAGGCAAGAAGCGAAACACACUACGAAAUCGUAUCGAUUCAUGCGACUAUGCUUUGGAUCAACUUUUGUUAGGAACCUGUCUAUUCACCCUUUUGACAUUCUUGUUUCCAACUGUACUGAUUUACUAUCUAACAUUUGCUGUGGGACGUGUGGGUGUAAUAUUUCUUCAGGCAGUUAUGGAAACAUUGCUAGCAUUUUUUAAUCAUUUCCCAUUGUUUGCAAUAAUGUUAAGAGCAAAGGAUCCAGAUAGACUGCCAGGUGGUCUCCAGUUUGAUAUAUUUGACCAUAACAAUUUCCUAAAGAAACACCACCCAUUAUAUUACAGAUUGAAAAAUCUCAAGAUAGGAUGUCAAAAGCUUUGGAGUACGUUUUGGGAAACCAAAGGUAAAAAACCAGUAAUUACACCAGCUCCUUCUGCUUCACGGUAUACAAAGAGUGGACGCUCGCUUGGACAAAGGACUAGAAGAAGAAUCUCGGUCGGAUCAUCAUCCUCAUCAUCAUCUGCUGCUGCUGCUGUAUCUCGGGCAAAAGCAAAAAAGUCUCAGAUACAAUUGGAUAAGACGGAUAGUCGGAGAGGAACUUAUCUGAGAAUGCGGAAUAUGCCAAUUCCUUUUGGGGCAAUAUUCUUUCAGUACAUGCUGUUGUGGAAGAGAUUGAGCGUACACUACUUUUCUGUUUAUGUUUUCAAAUGCCUUUUAUGUGGAGAGCCCAUUAAGCCCAUUCCAAAGCUUCAGCCAUAUUCAAGUAUCCAAUGUUACCGGACAAAAGAAUAUGAACAAUUACUGCGCGUAAGAAUAAAAGAAAAAAAAGCGUCUUCCAGAGAGAUUUUCCUUUAUCUUUUUGUGCAUGCGUUACAGUACGAGUCUGGGUGUGUGAAUGUGGGUGUGAGAGUGGGUGUGGGUGUGGAUGAAUGGGAUAUUUCCAAGCAGCAGUAGCAGAAGCAGCAGCAGCAGCAGUAGCAGCAGCAGCAGCAGCAACAACAACAACAAUAAUAAUAGUAAUAAAAAAAAAUACCAGCAUAUAUCUCUCUUUUUUUUCAUAUUCUUCUGUCUGUCUGGCUGUCUCUCUUGAUUGCUACUGCUACUGCUACUGCUACUGCUAUUGGUAUUGUUAUUCUUGUUUUUUGUUUAGGAUUGUGUUAUCUUACAAGACUGUUUUGGUGAUUUUCUUGGGCGUGUUGGUGUAUUGUUCUCUAACCGAAAUACCAGAGUCCCUGGGAGUUGCAUGAAUGAGCCGAUUUGGCUUGCCUUGAGGGCUGCAGUUUUGGGAUCGUCGAGCCAAUCAGCAGAGAUCCCCGUGUUCCUGAACUGUUCUUCAAUC